CACCUAUUCAGCACACAUUGUGGUAAAAUGUUUUCACUUAGGUCAAAAGCGAACCUUAUCAUACUCGUCAGUCUGUGCAUAGUCAAUAUUAUGAAAAUUGAAUCAGCUCUGUUCACGCUUCCGUUGGUAUUCGAUAGUGACGGAGAAGUGUUUGUCGAAUUUACCGGGGUGUAUUAUCAAUUGAGUGAGGAUUUGAUAGUAACAAUUGAACAUAAGGGCUGUAGAUGGACAGUUGACAUGACACAACCUCAUGGAGAGGAACUGAUAACCAAAAGAGGCGUUCGUGAAGGCACCGUGCUGUGUGAAGGUGAAUCUUCACCGUGAAUGGACGAAGUAAGGCAACAUUAUGAAGAAAGUAACAUUUGACUGUAUCUGAGUAAAAACACUACUAAAACUGCAGCAGAAAUGUCAAUAAUACACUUCAUAGUCAUUGCAUAGCUGAUAAAUAGUUUCAACUCUGCUUAGAUGUUAGUAAAAACGUUUUAUGAACACUCUAUAUUCUUCUUCCUCUCUCUGCAAAUUAUUUUUCUCCAAUAAAGGUUUAUUCAUAA